CAGCCUGAGUUGAUAGCUGCCCUUGAACCGCAUGCCUUCCUCUUUCAUCUCAGCUCACACCUAUAUAUCCAUCAGCUUAGCAAAAAUACUUCAUCAGUUCAUCAGCAACCUAUGCAUUACAUCUAGCUAGCAGCAGCUGAGUACCGACAGAAUAUUCUGUGAACAUUCAGCCAGGAAAGCAGGAAAAGCAACCAUGAUCACUGCCAAGUGCCAAGAGACUUGUUCAGAUGGCGAAGAAGUGGCAGAGAAUGGCCGCUCUGGCGAGGAAGCGGCUCACGUUGACACCAAUGAAAGAAGCUGAAGGAUCAUGCGGUACCUCAUCGUCCAUGGCCAGCAAGGGCCACUGCGUCGUGUACUUGGCCGAUGGCCGGCGAUUCCAGGUCCCACUGGCGUACCUUGGUACGGCGGUCUUCGGCGAGCUCCUAAUGAUGUCACAGGAAGAGUUUGGGUUCUCCAGCGACGAAGGCAGGAUCACGCUGCCCUGCGACGCUGCGGUCAUGGAGUACGUGCUGUGUUUGCUUAGAAGAAACGCCUCUGAAGAGGUUGUGAGGGCGUUCUUGAGCUCCAUGGUCAGGCCGUGCCACAAUGUCAGCGGCGUGGUGCCAUGCAACCAGCCGUUAGCUGUUUGUGUAUAGCCUAUUUUUAGCUCCUGACGCACUAUAACAUUUUUGGUUCAACCGGAUGUAAAGUUGUAGAAUCAUGUAGGAGAUUGAAAUCAUGAAAUGUUGUUAUAUCACAAGCCUCACUUAUCUUUGCGAA